CUCACACUCUCACUCUCACGCCCGCUCUCUGUGCAGAGACGAAGAACAGCAUAACCAUGGAGAACCUUCAUCAGAGCUUAGAUCCAGAGACGGAGUUUUUAGCCUCAAAACAAGGGACUGGUAAUGAAUGGGAACUAUACAAAGAGAAUGUGCGACCUUUGAAGAGAGGCAGAAACGUUUGUCUCCUCAACGACGCCCUCAGAUCCCACACCCACAAUAAGCUCAAGAAAUCUAUUCUUGAGAAUCGAAGGCGGUUGAUUGAAUCGAUUGAUGAAUAUAAGGGCGAUGAUCCCCUCCAGCCAUGGCUUGAGUGCAUUAAAUGGAUUCAGGAGGCUUUCCCUCCUGGUGGAGACUGCUCGGGACUGGUCGUGAUUUACGAACAAUGUGUGCGGACUUUUUGGCAUGAGGACCGUUAUAAGAAUGAUCUCCGUUACCUGAAAGUGUGGUUGGAAUAUGCUGAAAAUUGUAUUGACGCUGAAGUUAUAUAUAGUUUUCUGGAAGCAAACAAAAUUGGGCAGACACAUUCGUCUUUCUACAUAUCAUAUGCUCUGCACAUGGAAUCAAGGCAUAAGAUUAAAACUGCAAAUGAUAUAUUUAAUCGUGGGAUGACUAUGAAUGCUCAGCCAAUUGAGAAACUGAGAGCAGCCUACAAGAAAUUUCUAGCGCACUCAAUGAGAGGACCAAAAGCUACGGAUGAUUUAAUGGAGAAUCACUUACCAGCUCGAAGCUUUGGAACUGUCUUGGCCAGGGGAGAAGCUCGAAGCCAGACAACAAAGGGUUUUGAUCUCGCUAGGGAAAAUUUGAAACAAGACAGGGCCCAUCGAACUCCACUCGCAAUUUUCAAAGACAUCAGCACCGAUGUUACCUUAGGUCAUCAAUCAGAGUCGUCAAAGGCAGACUUGAAAUCUUGGCACAGUCUUGGUGCUCGGGCAGAGAGAAAUAAAGAGAAUAAUGCUUUACCUUCCAAGUGGACAUCAAAUAAGAUUCCACGCAGAAAUGGGCAUAGAUUUGGAGAAGCAAAUGGCAGUGCCUGCAUUGAGGUCUUUGUGGACGAGGAAUGCAUAGAGGAACAACAUAAAGUGGGAAAUGAAGAUGUAAAAUCUUCGAUUUUGCAGCUUAGACAUGGGGAUGGUAAAGACUUUAAAAGGGAAACAGAGUUAUUGAGGGAAAAUCCGUUACGCAAUUUUCCCACAAGCUUUCUGCCUAGAUGAUCAAGAAUGCUGCAGUAUUAAUACAUAUUUUCUGCCUAGAUGAUCAGCUUUGAUGUUUAAAGCUUGAUCCACAUCAUUUAUAUGUUAAACCUGUUAAAUGCUUGGAAAUAUUUACUGACUUGGUUUCUUUCAGAAACCUUGAUAGAUUGUUGAGCAAGCACACUUGUGCUGUGUGUGAAUUGAUAUCUCUGUGUUCAUUGAAGCCAUAUUUGUGAUCUUCUUGGUUUAUUAUUUAAAGUCGAUUCCGUGUUUUAUA